AUGGCGAAAUUUCACGCUCCGGAACCAUUUGAUUUCACAUCUCCAAAUGAAUGGCCUGAUUGGCUACAACGCUUUAAACAUUACAGGACAGCUACGAAGUUGAACAAGGAGGAAGAUCCUGUACAGAAAAGUGCCCUUAUUUACAAUAUGGGGAGACAAGGUGAGAACGUUUUCAAGAUACUCGUAAUUGAUAAUGAGGGGGAUGGAGAUAAAUAUGACAAAGUUGUGGAAAAACUUGAUGCUUAUUUCGUACCAAAGAGAAAUGUGAUACACGAGAGGGCUAAAUUUCACAUGAGGUCCCAGGGUCCUACAGAAUCGAUUGAAGCAUUUGUGAGGUCGUUAUUUGAAAUGGCUGAACACUGUGAUUUUGGUACACAGAAAGACAAUAAUAUCAGGGACAGACUAGUAAUCGGUAUCACGGACAAGUCAAUUUCCGAGAAAUUACAGCUUAAAGCCGAUUUAACUUUAGAGACAGCACUACAAAUUGCUAGACAGUCGGAACAAGUCAAGUCACAGAUCAAAGAUCAAUCGUCGGUAUCAGUCGAUGCAGUGAGUAAAGGUAAAAAGUCGGGGACGAAACGUCCUACUCAACAAAAACGUCAACAAUAUGGAGUUUCGGGUAAACAAAAGCAUGACGGUCAUGCGCAGGGAGGACAAAGGUGUACAUUCUGUAACCGGUCACAUGCAAAAGGGUCAUGUCCUGCUUAUGGUAAACGGUGCAAUAAAUGCAAGUCGUUGAAUCAUUUUGCUGUUUGUUGUAAAGCCAAACAUGUUCAUGAAGUUGUACAAGAACAUUCGGACGAAUUCUUUCUAGGUGCAGUGAGUACCGGCUCAUCGGAGGCCUGGAAAGUAAUUUUACCUGUCUGUGGGGCAUCAGUCACUUUCAAAAUAGACACAGGUGCAGACAUCUCGAUUAUUUCAGAGAGAACAUUUAAUCGUUUUAAAGAAAGGCCAGUACUUCGGAAAGUUGAUACUGUGCUUCAGAGUCCAGGUGGCACAUUAGGAUGUGUAGGUCGUUUUACGCAUGUUGUACGCUAUAAAUGUGUAGACUGUACACUUGAGUUCUACGUUGUGAAAGAUCAGCAAAAUAAUCUACUGAGUCGUGAUGCGGCAAUGAAAAUGGGACUAGUCAUCAGAAUCGAGGAGGUUAGCCGGUCAGUAUUUGGGUCCUCUGGUCUAGUAAAUUGUGAACCAGCCACCAUUCAGCUGAGAGACAAUGUUAACCCGUAUUGUGUUACUACAGCAAGGCGUGUUCCAUUUCCAUUACUCGACAAAGUAUCGAAGGAACUCCAGCAUAUGGAAACAGAAGGAAUUAUUGAAAAGGUGAUAGAACCAACCGAUUGGUGUGCACCCAUGGUACCAGUAGUGAAAAAGAACGGUAAUGUCAGAAUUUGUGUAGAUUUGAAAAAAUUGAAUGAGGGAGUCAAACGUGAAAUACUAAUGCUGCCUACUCUUGACGAUAUAGCUCCAAAGCCUACAGGUGCCAAAGUUUUCUCAAAACUUGAUGCUAGUAGCGGUUUCUAUCAAAUACCGUUACAUCCCGACAGUUCGAAACUGACCACAUUUAUAACGCCAUUUGGACGUUUCUGUUUUCGACGUGUGCCUUUUGGCAUUACUUCAGCCCCAGAGAUCUUUCAGUGA